ACAGCCAACGUGCCGCCUGCGCCGCCGUCUGUGGUCGGAAGCGGGAAGUGGGAGAUCUUGAGCAUCCGUUGAGGUAUACCGGGUAUACCAGAAAACAUAUGACGUGAUUACCGACGUGACGACUGAUAUAUUGAGAUAUUACAUGCACUUCAGUUGCAAACUUUCUAGAAUUGUGGUAAGAACUUCGUUUCGGACAUUGUCUCAGUUUUUCCAUUCUUCAGCUCGUGUCAAUAUGUCAAACUCGAAAACUGCAAUCAUUCUUUUGGCGGAGGGUGCGGAGGAAAUGGAAUUUGUCAUUGCUGCAGAUGUUCUCCGUCGUGCCGGAGUAUCUGUAACAGUAGCAGGGGUUGCUGGAGCAGAACCUGUGAAAUGCAGCCGUGAAGUUAAAAUUGUCCCUGAUAAGAGUUUAAAGGAUGUUAAAAAAGAAUCAUUUGAUGUGGUUAUUUUACCUGGUGGUCUAGAAGGAUCCAGACAUUUAUCUGAUUCUACAGAUGUUGGUGAAAUUCUGAAGAAGCAAGAACAAAAUGAUAAGCUCAUUGCUGCUAUAUGUGCAGCACCUACAGCUCUGAAAUCUCAUAAAAUUUGUUUGGGAAAAAAACUGACAUCGUAUCCUGCCAUGAAAUGCCCAAUGGAGGAAGGCAAUCAUUAUACAUACUUAGAGGAGAAAGUUGUUAUUGAUGGUAAUCUAAUUACCAGCCGUGGUCCAGGGACAGCAUUUGAUUUCGCACUUGCUAUCGUGGAGAAACUUUUUGAUAAAGAAACCGCUUCCAGUGUUGCUAAGCCCAUGUUACUGACUUAUUGAAUAGUUACAUGAUAAACAUAAGUAUAUUUUAUUAGAACAGCCUUAUUCUGGAAUUUGUUGGAUGUUUGUUUGGGUAUUUGUGAUUAUAAUGUUAUGUUGAAAAUUCAGGCAUCCCAAGAAAUUUGAGAUUGCAUAUCCCAAACUAUAAAUAAAAUUACAUACAAAUCAUUUUUGUGUGUGUUUAUUUCAAUUAACUGUCUUAGCAAAUACUUUGAACACACUUUAGAAACAGUGGUUAUUACAAAUGAAUAAGAUACAAUAAAAGUGACACAUCUCAUUGAUGAAUUAUUUCAAAAUACUAAUAAUAUUUCAGUAUGUUCACAUGUUCUCUUGCAAUUAGAAUUCAGUAAAUUAAAUGACUAUUAUUUAAUAUUGUAAUCAAAGAGGAAAGAAUACUAUUAGAAUGGAAAUUCAGCAUAACCUUACCCAUAUUCAUAAAAGGAGACGAGAAUAAUCCUGAAAAUUAUGGAGGCGUCGUUGUAAUAAAAUAUGACACAAAAAUUACUCUACAAAUUGAUACUACAAAAGAUUGAGACAUUUAUACAGAUAAAUGAAGAAUAGCAAGGAUUUAAAUAGACCAACAACAGACGCCAUAUUUGUGAUUCGUCAAAUAAUCAAAAAGGUGAUUGAAUCCAGCCUUUUUGUUUUGUAGUUCUAAAGAAGGCAUUUGAUCAAGUAUGACUACAGA